AUGAAUGACAAAACUUGGCAACAACCAAGCAGUAGCUCUUAUAACAUAGUUAAAAAUUCAUGGCCUGGAGAGAGUUCUAAUAAUAAAAAUUGGUUACAAUCUUCAACCACUCAAGAAGGUUGGGGUAGAGUUCCUAAUGAAGGCCCACCACCUUCUAAUAAUGAUAAUUGGUCAAAAUCUUCAACCGCUCAAGAGGGCUGGGGUUCAAGAGUUCCUAAUGAAGGCCCACGACCUUCUAAUGAUGAUAAUUGGUCAAAAUCUUCAACCGCUCAAGAGGGUUGGUCAAGAGUUCCUAAUGAAGGCCCACGACCUUCUAAUGAUGAUAAUUGGUUACAAUCAUCAACUACUCAAGAAGGUUGGGGUCCGCGAGUUUCUAAAGAAAGCGAUUGGCCAGAGCCUUCAACCGGUUGGGAUACACAAGGUGUGCAACCGCAAGUUAGAGAUGAUUGGGUAAAGAAACAAGACCCUAUUUCUAAUGAUGAUAUGUUAGUAAGUAAUCAAAUGGUAGAAUCUGAAUUAGAAGAAAAUUUGGAGCAAAAGCAAGCUAUCGUUGAAAAUAAUGAUGAUGUAAUGGAAAGGAGGCAGACACCUCCGCAAGAUCAAGAAGAUAAUCGCGUGAUAAAACAAAGUUCCCUAUCUGACGAUGAUGAAUGGGUUACAAGCGGUCCACCGAUCUCCUCUCAGGAUCGUGAAAAUGACCACAUUAUAAAACAAAUCCCUACUCCCGAAGAUGAAUGGGUAACGAGCCAACCUUUUCAUAAAGAUGAUAAUAUGAUAAAGCAAGUGCCCCCUCAGGAAGAAGUUGAAUGGAUAACAAGUAACCCACCAGCCUCAGUUCAUGAUCAUGAAGAUCAAUGGAAGAAACAACCUUUUCUCUUCGAAAAUACUAGUUGGAAUAGAAAGAGAUCGUCUCCAUCUGAAGAUAAUAAUCGUUCACAUAAAAAAUAUGAUAAAGAUCCGUGGGGUGGUAAAGGCCGUUCUGAGGGUUCAUGGGAAAAGAAAAAUGAUGCAAAUGAUGGAUCUUUGAAAUAUAAUACCACACGUGCCAGAUCUGUCGAUCAGCAUUCAAAAAAUUAUAAUUCAAUCGACCCAAUGGAGAUGGAGCCUGAUGAUUUAUCUACUCUUGCUAUGCAGGAGGUGAUCCAUAACUCUUUUACAACAUUAAAACAUAAUGAGCGUAAACAAUUUGAGGAAUAUGACCUAAAUGAUCAUUCAAAUUCGGUCCCCCCUGAAAUUCUCCAGGAGACUGAUCAAACUUUAAUUCAAGAUUUAAUACUAGAAUCCCAUAACAAGAAUGAUCAUUUGGAACAAGUCGAGUCUUCGUUCACUACCAAUUAUCAAGAGUGGUCAGGCAAAGCAUUUCGUGAUGUAGAAGUCCAAACGGAUCCAAUUGAUUUAACAUCACUUGAAGACUAUUUAAAUAGUAUUGAUCCUUCAAUCAUGAACAUUUUACGCAAGAAGUUGACUUCAAUACUUGGUAUUGGACUGGCCGGAGAUGUCAUAAAUAAAAUGCCCAUCCAACCCGAUAGUUUUCCUGCUAAGAUAACGGUUUCUGUGAAACCUUCAAACGAAAAUAAUGAGCCCCAAUGGAAUAUUUCGUUGAAUGAAGCAUCAAGCAAGUUUGAGCAAACAAAAACUUAUAAGCCUGAAACUUCAUCCAGUACUACAUUUAAAUCUCAACAAGAUAAAGAUAGUUUUCCUGCUAAGACAACGGUUUCUGUUAAACCUUCAAACGAAAAUGACAAGUUUGAACAAACAAAAACUUAUAAGCCUGAAACUUCAUCCAGUACUAUAUUUAGUAAAUCUCAACAAGAUAAAGAUAGUUUUCCUGCUAAGACAACGGUUUCUGUUAAACCUUCAAACAAAAAUGACAAGUUUGAACAAACAAAAACUUAUAAGCCUGAAACUUCAUCCAGUACUACAUUUAGUAAAUCUCAACAAGAUAAAGAUAGUUUUCCUGCUAAGACAACGGUUUCUGUUAAACCUUCAAACGAAAAUGAUGAGUCCCUAUGGAGUCAUCCUAUAACUUCCGUCCGUCGCGAUUCAUCAUAUGAUAAUUUUACUGAUAAUACACGUCGCGGAGGCUCGAGACCUAGUCCUUUUAGCAAUCCAAUGCCUCCGAAAUUAUCACUCGAAGAGGCAUGGAAUAGACUUCUCCAAGCUGAUAGUGGAAAAGACAUUGAAGGAUUUAAAGAAGCGUUUGAAGAAUACGCCAAAACAUCUCCAAAAGAAACAUUCCAGUCAAUCGAGAAAAAACUACGAAUUGCAGGUUGUAAUGGAAGAAUAAUUGCGUUGAAACGUGAAGGAAUUCCGUUGACGCAAUGCUUAAUUGAUUUGCAAGGAAACACCAAUAAAAAAUAUUUGGCCCAAUUAAUUACGAGCCCAGAUCGGUUAUCACGAGCUUCUGGAAAAGCCAGUUCAGAAGAUGAGAAUUUUCAAUGGCUCGCAGAUGCAGGAUUUCUCACUCAUGAUCCAACUCCUGUUUGCUUUAACUGUAAGCAUAAAGGUCAUAAUACGAAAGAUUGUCCAGAACCAAAGCAUGAAAAUGAACGAAAUAUACCUUUAGCAUGUCAGCAUUGCGGAGCUACCGAUCACAUAACGAAAUUAUGCAAAAGUGACGAACGACGAGAUCAUUAUGCAGAAAUUCGCGAUCGAAACCUUGGUGGUGAUGAUGGAGGUUAUAAAUAUGGUUCAAGUAACAAUAUGGUCCGUGAUUAUAACUCUGAUAGUGUUGGAUUAGAGAGCAAUGAUGACCGUCAAAGUUUGCGUAGGAGUCAAACAUGUCAUAAUUGUAAUCGUGAGGGGCACAUAUCCCGUGACUGUCCAGAAUCUAAAAAAGAUGAUCGAAGAUGCUUUAAAUGUGGAAAGACGGGACAUUUUGAAAGAGAUUGUAAUAUUGCUGAUAAUCCAUCAUCAUGGAAUAAUUCUUCAUCUAUCCAAUCUGUCCAAUCGAAUUCACAGGAUUAUAAUUUCAGAAAUAAUUCGACGACGAACAAUAUGCAAAGCAAAAGUAAUGCAACACGGGGAUCUCAAGAAAGAGCUACUAAUGACGCUCGCCCGAAAUGGGACGCUCAAGAAAAAGGAUCCACUUUUAGUUCUUCAAAG